CAGCCCGUCCCACACGUGGGUUCCCGCACGUCCUCCUGGCUCCCCCCGUGACGUCAGCCUCGGGGUUGCAUUUAAGGCCCCUCCCGCACCCCUCUCCGACUCCUGGAGCUGCCGCCGCCAAGUUCGGAUCCACGCCGCGCCCGACGUGCACUCCCGGUUCCUUUAAGUUCUUCGUCCAAGAUGGCAUCUCUCAAGGAUCAGCUGAUUCAGAACCUUUUUAAGGCAGACCAUGCCCCCGAGAAUAAGAUCACGGUUGUGGGGGUUGGUGCUGUUGGCAUGGCCUGCGCCAUCAGCAUCUUAAUGAAGGACUUGGCAGAUGAGCUUGCUCUUGUGGAUGUCAUGGAAGACAAACUGAAAGGAGAGAUGAUGGACCUCCAGCACGGCAGCCUUUUCCUUAAAACGCCAAAAAUUGUCUCUGGCAAAGACUACAGCGUGACAGCAAACUCCAAGCUGGUCAUUAUCACAGCCGGUGCCCGUCAGCAGGAGGGAGAAAGCCGUCUGAAUCUGGUCCAGCGGAAUGUGAACAUCUUUAAAUUCAUCAUUCCUAAUGUUGUGAAAUACAGCCCGAAUUGCAAGUUGCUUGUUGUUUCCAAUCCAGUGGAUAUUUUGACCUAUGUUGCUUGGAAGAUAAGUGGCUUUCCCAAAAACCGUGUUAUUGGAAGUGGUUGCAAUCUGGAUUCAGCCCGGUUCCGUUACCUCAUGGGCGAAAGGCUGGGAGUUCACCCAUCGAGUUGCCAUGGGUGGGUCCUCGGGGAACACGGAGACUCUAGUGUGCCUGUGUGGAGUGGAGUGAAUGUUGCAGGGGUUGCGCUGAAGAAUCUGCACCCUGAUUUAGGUACUGAUGCAGAUAAGGAACAGUGGAAACAAGUUCACAAACAAGUGGUUGACAGUGCUUAUGAGGUGAUCAAACUGAAAGGUUAUACUUCCUGGGCCAUUGGGCUCUCUGUGGCAGACUUGGCAGAAAGUAUGAUGAAGAAUCUUAGGCGAGUGCAUCCAAUUUCCACCAUGAUUAAGGGUCUCUAUGGAAUAAAAGAUGAUGUCUUCCUGAGCGUGCCCUGCAUCUUGGGACAGAACGGAAUCUCAGAUGUUGUGAAAGUGACUCUGACAUCUGAAGAAGAAGCCCGCUUGAAGAAGAGUGCGGACACACUUUGGGGAAUCCAAAAGGAGCUGCAGUUUUAGAGUUGUUUAGUGUAUUACUUCACUGUCCAGGCUACAGUAGGAUUUUAGUUGGAGUUGUGCAUAUUGUCCCUUUCACCUGAUGACUAAAGCAGUACUCUUAAGACAAUCUCAAAAAAAAAAAAAAAAUUGGUU